AUGUCAUCGGCAAGCUCCUCUAGACGCUUCGAUGUUACGGUCCAGUCCAUACUUCCUGGUUCAAGAUCUGGUACCCAUCAAGGACCCAGAGCUCGAACCUGCCUGGGACAUCGAACAAACGUCAAAAUUCCCGCCCAGGUAUCUUCCAACGGUGAGAGCAAGCUGGGGAAGCGCAAGUUGUCCAACCCGGAAGUAUCCCCGCCACAUAAGAAGACCAUGGCUGGCACAAAAGACGUCGACAUGGAUACCAAGAUGCAGGUGGACGAGUCGGUGGUAGGCAAGAACGACAUCGACGAAUCUUUAUACAGUAGACAGCUCUACGUUCUUGGACAUGAGGCUAUGAAGCGCAUGAGCGCGUCGAACGUGCUCAUCGUCGGACUGAAAGGGCUCGGUGUUGAGAUUGCGAAGAAUAUUGCGCUGGCUGGUGUCAAGAGCCUCACGGUUUACGACCCCGCCCCCGCACUUAUUUCAGACCUCUCUUCGCAGUUCUUCCUUCACCCAGAGGAUGUUGGAAAGCCUAGAGCCGCUAUUACAGCUCCUCGAAUCGCGGAGUUGAAUGCAUACACCCCCGUCACAGUUCAUCAAUCAGACAGGCAAGUAUCCCUCCCGCUCCUGACCUCAAAUCUCUCCCAAUUCGAUCAAUACCAAAUCGUCGUUCUUACGAAUACCCCGAUCAAGGACCAAAUUAUCAUCGGCGAUUACCUACACUCGAAGGGCAUCUACCUCGUGGUAGCGGAUACAUUUGGGUUGUUUGGGUCAAUAUUUUGUGACUUCGGUCCCAAGUUCACCGUUCUUGACCCCACAGGAGAGGCACCAAUCAGUGGAAUCGUUGCUGGAAUUGACGAGGAAGGCUUGGUAUCUGCCCUGGACGAGACACGACACGGCCUUGAAGAUGGGGACUUUGUUACCUUUACUGAGCUGGUGGGUAUGGAAGCACUGAACAUGUCGGAUCCCCGAAAAGUCACGGUCAAGGGCCCGUAUACGUUCUCGAUCGGAGAUGUCAGUGGACUCGGCACAUAUAAGAAGGGUGGCAUGUACCAGCAGGUCAAGAUGCCCAAGUUUAUCGACUUCCAGCCUAUAACUACUGCUCUCAAGUCCCCGGAAUUCCUGAUUUCUGAUUACGCCAAAUUCGACCGACCUCAGCAACUUCAUAUUGGAUUUCAAGCAUUGCACGCGUUUGCUGAAAAGCAUGGCCACUUCCCACGCCCAAUGUAUCAGGAGGAUGCUUUAGUGGUUAUUGGUUCUGCUAAAGCAUUCGCGGAGAAGGAAAAGCUGGAUGUUGAUGUAGACGAGAAGUUGCUUACAGAGCUCAGUUAUCAGGCCCAAGGUGAUCUAAGCCCUAUGGCUGCUUUCUUUGGUGGACUUGCUGCCCAAGAAGUCUUGAAGGCCGUUUCGGGGAAAUUCCAUCCAAUCAACCAAUGGCUGUACUUUGAUUCCUUGGAGUCUUUGCCUUCCAAUUCUGCCAGAUCGGAGGAAUUGUGCAAGCCCCUAAACUCCAGAUAUGACGGCCAAAUUGCGGUAUUUGGCCGAGAAUUCCAAGAAAAACUUGGCAACAUCCAGGAGUUCUUGGUUGGUGCUGGUGCUAUUGGUUGUGAGAUGCUGAAGAACUGGGCAAUGAUUGGUCUUGCUGUUGGACCCAAGGGGAAGAUCAGUGUCACGGAUAUGGAUUCGAUCGAGAAGAGCAAUUUGAACCGUCAAUUCCUCUUUAGACCCAAGGAUGUUGGCAAGUUGAAGAGCGAUUGUGCUGCUGAAGCAGUGCAGGCGAUGAACCCGGAUCUUAAGGGCCAUAUUGUGACGAUGCGAGACCGGGUAGGCCAAGACACCGAACACAUCUUCCAUGAGGAUUUCUGGAACUCCUUAGAUGGAGUUACUAAUGCUCUGGAUAAUGUGGACGCGCGUACAUAUGUUGAUCGCAGAUGUGUUUACUUCCGGAAGCCACUCCUGGAAAGCGGCACUUUGGGCACCAAGGGUAAUACCCAAGUAAUUAUACCCCAUUUAACCGAGUCGUACUCCAGCUCGCAAGAUCCUCCUGAGCAGUCGUUCCCGAUGUGCACACUCCGGAGUUUCCCGAACAAGAUUGAGCAUACGAUCGCUUGGGCCCGAGAAUUGUUCGAGGGGUACUUCGUUAAGCCUGCCGAAACUGUCAAUCUAUAUCUCAGCCAACCAAACUACCUCGAGACCACUCUGAAGCAAGGUGGUAAUGAGAAGGCUACUCUUGAGAUGAUUAGGGAUUUCUUGGUUGAUGAUAAGCCACUGAGUGUUGAGGACUGCAUCAAAUGGGCUCGUCUGCAAUUCGAGAAGCAAUACAACAAUGCUAUUCAGCAAUUGUUGUAUAACUUCCCCAAGGACUCUACAUCGUCAAGUGGUGCUGCAUUCUGGUCGGGACCCAAGCGUGCGCCAGAUGCAUUGAAAUUUGACCCCAAGAAUGAGUUUCACUGGACAUUUAUCGUUGCCGGGGCAAAUCUCCACGCUUUCAACUAUGGAAUCAACACUAAGGGCUUGGAUGCAAGCACGAUCCAAAAGGUUUUAGAUAACAUGAUCAUUCCUGACUUCUCGCCAAAUUCAGCCGUCAAGAUCCAGGCUGAUGAUAGUGAACCGGAUCCAAAUGCAAACACAGGAGGAGCCUUCGAUGACAACGCAGAAUUGCAAGAUAUUACCGAUAAGCUUCCAGCACCAAACCAAUUGGCAGGCUUCAAGCUUCAACCAGUUGAGUUCGAGAAGGAUGAUGACACCAACUUCCAUAUCGAUUUUAUUACGGCUGCAAGUAACUUGCGUGCUGAGAACUACAAAAUCGAGCUUGCCGAUAGACACAAGACCAAGUUCAUCGCCGGAAAAAUCAUCCCCGCCAUUGCUACAACAACUGCUCUGGUCACUGGAUUGGUCAUCCUCGAGUUCUACAAAGUCGUUGACGGCGAGACCGACCUCGAGCAAUACAAGAACGGCUUUGUAAACCUUGCUCUCCCAUUCUUCGGCUUCAGCGAACCAGUUGCAAGCCCGAAGGACAAGUACAAGGGCAAGACCGGCGAUGUCUACAUUGAUAAAAUCUGGGACCGUUUCGAGAUCAACGAUAUCACGCUGCAGGAACUGAUCGACCAUUUCGAGGAAAAGGGACUUGCUAUUACUAUGCUGAGCUCAGGGGUUAGUCUUUUGUACGCGAGUUUCUUUCAACCCAGCAAGCUCAAGGACAGGUAUGCCAUGAAAUUGAGUGAUUUGGUGGCGUUUAUCUCGAAGAAGCCGGUGCCGGAUCAUCAGAAGAAUGUUAUUUUUGAGGUGUGUGUCGAGGACGUGGAUGGUGAGGAUGUCGAGGUUCCUUUUAUCAAUAUGAAAAUGGGGAAAUGA